AGGGGUCCCCGGUCCUUGUGACCCGCUUCCUGUUGGACUGCCCGCCGCCUGGGCGACCCGCGCCUGCUCACCCCGCGGGGCUGGGGCGCCGCCUGAGUGCAGCGGCCGUUCCGGCCAGAAGAGGGCGGCCGCGAGCGCAGGAUGGACCCAAGGACAGUGCUGCUGGUCCUGCAGGCCCUGCUGGCGCUCCCGCCCGCGCGUGGCGCCGCCCCCGCGCCCGCCCUGCGCUUCGUGGCCGUGGGGGACUGGGGCGGCGUCCCCAACGCCCCCUUCUACACCGCCCGGGAGACGGCCAACGCCAAGGAGAUCGCCAGGACCGCCAAGAUCCUGGGCGCAGACUUCAUCCUGUCGCUGGGGGACAAUUUCUACUUCACGGGCGUGCGGGACGCCGAGGACAAGCGGUUCCAGGAGACCUUCGAGGAUGUGUUCUCCGACCCCUCCCUCCGCAACGUGCCCUGGUACGUGCUGGCGGGCAACCACGACCACCUGGGCAACGUCUCGGCGCAGAUCGCCUACUCGAAGGUCUCCAAGCGCUGGAACUUCCCCAGCCCUUACUACCGCCUGCGCUUCAAGAUCCCGCGGUCCAACGUCUCCGUGGCCAUCUUCAUGCUGGACACGGUGACCCUGUGUGGCAACUCGGACGACUUCCUGAGCCAGCAGCCGCAGCGGCCCCGCGACCCGCAGCUGGCCCGCACGCAGCUGUCCUGGCUCAAGAAGCAGCUGGCGGCGGCCCAGGAGGACUACGUGCUGGUGGCCGGCCACUACCCGGUGUGGUCCAUCGCCGAGCACGGCCCCACCCACUGCCUGGUCCGCCGGCUGCAGCCGCUGCUGGCCACGUACAAGGUCACCGCCUACCUGUGCGGCCACGACCACAACCUGCAGUACCUCCAGGAUGAGAGCGGCAUCGGCUACGUCCUGAGCGGGGCCGGCAACUUCAUGGACCCCUCGCGGAGGCACUUCCGCAGGGUCCCCAGCGGCUACCUGCGCUUCCACUACGGGGCUGAGGACUCGCUGGGCGGCUUCGCCCACGUGGAGAUCGGCCCCAAGGAGAUGAGCAUCACUUACGUCGAGGCCUCGGGCAAGUCCCUCUUCAAGACCAAGCUGCCCCGGCAAGCCCGGCUGGGGCGCUUGUGAGGGGCCGGAGGCGGAGAGACUCCCCUGCCAGUGCCGUGGUGGGCCCCCCUGGGACCCCCACACCUUGGCAGGACUUCUCAGGGGAACCACGCUCUUGAACCUGGCAUCCUCCUGUCACUGCCAAACAUUCAAUAAAAGAAUAGAUGCGCCCUGGCCGGUGUGGCUCAGUUGCUUGCGUGUCGUCCCAUACACCGAAAGGUCGCCAGCUCCAUUCCUCAUUAGGGCCCGUGCCAGGGGGUUGCCUGGCCCCAGAGGGGGAGCGUGCAGGAGGCAGCCGAUCCAUGUUUAGCUCUCAUCAAGGUUUCCCCUCUCUCACUUCCUUCCUCCCACUCCCUCCCUCUUUCUCUAAA